AUGUCGACUGCAAGGCUUCAUAUACAAUCUCGUAAUGUUUACCAAUUGCUACGUGGUGACUUUACAUUACCAUGUGCUCUUGUCGCACAGUCAUCUCAUCAUGCUGCCCUGAGCACAUUGAGCAAUUCCAUUAGGUAUCAGACUCGCUCAUAUGCUACUCCUAAAGGCGCAAGGAAGCCUCUUCGCCCACCUCCUCGGGCACCCAAGCUUGUUAAAGCUCAGCCAAGCUCCAGCAGCCAGACUGAUUUCGACCUCAGUCAAAUCUCACCUAUGGACUUCGAACUGGCUAUGCGAGCGUCCGAGAAUCAAGUUGGUAGUCUCAGACCAGACGAAUAUUACGAGUAUGCAUCAAGGUUCUCGAAUGCCAUAAGAAAGGGAGCACAUCCUUCUAGUGUCAACCUCUCUGGCAAGUUCCCAUCGGAGGAGCAUUUAUGGGCCCACUAA